AUGUUAAUAAUGAAUGAAUUGGAUUUCUAUGACGACUAUGCAGUUGCAGUCGUCGUCAAUACUGACAAUAUUUUAGAAAAUAUUUUCUCAUAUCUUCGUUUGAAAGAUCUCCGUAACUGUGCUUUGGUUUGUAAAACUUGGUAUAGAAUUCUUAAUGAUGAAAAUAAUGAUGUUUGGCGACUACAUUGUGUUAAAAGAUUAGCAGAAGAGGUACUGAAGUCUGAUUUACUCUCGACUGUUAGCACUUACAAAUCUAAAUUGAGAGCAUAUUUUCAUGCUUGGAAUCCUCACGACUGUUCUCGAAAUAUAUAUGUCAAAGCAAAUGGCUUUACAUUGCACAGAAACCCUGUAGCUCAAAGUACUGAUGCUUGUAGAGGGAAAAUUGGUUUUUAUCAUGGAAGGCAUGCUUGGGAGGUGAUAUGGGAAGGCCCUUUAGGUACUGUAGCUGUAGUAGGUAUAUCAACCAAAGAUGCACCCUUGGAAUGCCAUGGGUAUGUGGGACUGUUGGGAUCCGAUGAACAAAGUUGGGGUUGGAAUUUAGUUGAUAAUCAUUUAUUACAUAAUGGUGAUACUCAAGGACACUAUCCUCUCCUGAAUAACUGUCCUAAAUACCAGGUUGGUGAGCGAAUAAGAGUUAUUCUAGACUGUGAAGAUAAUACCUUAUCAUUUGAAAGAAAUUAUGAAUUUUUGGGAGUUGCAUUUCGAGGCCUACCUAACAAGAAGUUAUACCCAACAGUUUCAGCAGUCUAUGGCAACACAGAAGUAUCAAUGAUAUAUUUGGGUCCGCCUGUAGAUGGCUGA